AUGUCUCCCAAAAAUGGCCAUGUCAACAUGAUGACCGACGCCAUCAUCGCCAACCUGCCUCUGGAUGGCGUGCGGUCGGUGAUGCGUGGCGUGCUGGCGGCCCACCCGAGCCUCACCCCGGUCUUCGAGGAGCUGACGCGCAACUAUCUAUACGAGACUGCCUCGCGGUACGAAAAUUCUAAAAUCACCGCGCAGCAGGCAGACAAGUCCAUCAGCGCCACUCCGGCGUUUGCAGACCUCCGCCAGCGCAUCUGCUGCAUGGUCGGCUGCGGCCUGUGCUACCAGGCCCUGCCUCUCCUGCGCGAUAUCGUCAACCAGAUUGCCAGUCUCAAUUCAUCAGACAGGCUGAGCAGUGCUCUGACUGCCCAGAUAGCUGCUGUGGACGGCGACAUCAUCCAGACCCUCACGGCUAUCCAAAAGACGCUCUUCGUCCCUGCCGGCACAAGAGACCUCUCAGAAAGCGAAGCCCAGCCACUGCAAGAGCUUCUCCAGUCGCUUCUAUCAUGCCAAAAGUCGUGGGAGAGUAACGGACAGUCUUUCCUCCUGCAACGAGGCCUCGACGCCACAGCCCAGCUGCUAGGCCCUCUGUCGCGAGCCCUCUACACCCCCAAACCCGCCAGUAUCAAACCGCCAUCCGAACUCCCUCCGUCGACCAUCAACGAGACUUUCACUCUAGACGGAAUAAACCUGCCCCGUAUAUUCACCGGACUAUGGCAGCUCUCCAGCCCAGCCUGGGGCUCCGCGCCGCGAGAGAAGAUGAUCGAGCACUUCUCAAACCACGUCCAGCGCGGGUUCACGGCAUUCGAUAUGGCCGACCAUUACGGCGACGCGGAAAUCAUCUUCGGCGGAUACCGGUCCUCGAGCGCGUACUCGGACUCGAUCUUCGCGGCGACGAAAUACUGUGUCUUCCACCCGAUGAAGGUCUCUGAGGAAGCUAUCCGGGCGAAUGUAGACCAGCGCUGUCGAAGGCUGUCCACGGAGAGUAUCGACCUGCUGCAGUUCCAUUGGCAAUUUUACAAUGACGACCAGUAUAUCAGAGCCCUUCAAUACCUCCAACAAGACAAACGGGUGAAACAUCUCGGGCUCUGCAACUUCGACACAGAACAUAUGCAGAGGGUCAUCGACAGUGGCGUCAAAGUAGUAACCAACCAAGUCCAGUUCUCCCUGAUCGACUCAAGACCGAUUAUAAAAAUGGCCGAAGUGUGCAAAAAACACAACAUCAAGCUCCUCACAUACGGGACUCUCUGCGGCGGCCUCCUAGCCGAGAAGUGGCUCGGCCAAGAGCCCCCAGAUCUAUAUAGCGACGAGGCAACCCCGAGUCUGCGCAAGUACUACACCAUGAUCCGCACCUGGGGCGGCUGGCCGCUCUUCCAAGAGCUGCUCCGCGCUCUGCACGCCAUCGCCCAGAAGCACGGCGUGACUGUCUCGAACGUCGCGACGCGGUGGGUGCUGGAUUUCCCGUACGUCGGGGCCGUGAUUGUCGGUGCGCGCAUGGGCGUCAGCGAGCAGUCUGCAGUGAAUCUGGGGAGUUUGGGGUGGACGCUAGAUGGGGAGGAUAGGGCCAGUAUUGAUCGUAUCUUGCAGCGGAGUCUGAGGGCGGAGAUGUUUGAGAGUAUGGGUGAUUGUGGUGGGGAGUAUAGGUGA